GUGCUAGCGCCGUGGCCGGGAGCGGCUCCUUCCUCCUCCUCCUCACGGCGCGCUUGGCUGAGGCGAGGCAGCUGCUGCAUGAACUGUUGUUUGGGGAGUAGGAGAAGCACCGACAACCCCUCAGAAUGCCGAAACCGAUCAAUGUUCGAGUUGUUACUAUGGAUGCAGAGCUGGAAUUUGCCAUCCAGCCGAACACUACGGGCAAACAGCUGUUUGACCAGGUGGUCAAAACCAUAGGUUUGCGAGAAGUGUGGUACUUCGGUCUUCAGUAUGUGGACAACAAAGGAUUCCAGACUUGGCUGAAGCUUGAUAAAAAGGUUUCUGCUCAAGAAAUCAGAAAAGAGAAUCCUCUCCAGUUCAAAUUCCGUGCCAAGUUCUUCCCAGAGGAUGUGUCUGAAGAGCUGAUCCAGGACAUCACACAGAAGCUCUUUUUCCUGCAAGUGAAGGAAGGGAUCCUCAGCGAUGAGAUCUACUGUCCUCCUGAAACAGCAGUACUUCUUGGCUCCUAUGCUGUGCAGGCCAAGUUUGGAGAUUACAACAAAGAUGUUCACAAGCCUGGAUACCUCAAUUCAGAGCGUCUGAUCCCCCAAAGGGUGAUGGACCAGCAUAAACUCUCUAGAGAGCAGUGGGAAGAACGGAUCCAGGUGUGGCAUGCUGAACACAGUGGCAUGCUCAAAGAGAAUGCCAUGCUGGAAUACCUGAAGAUUGCCCAAGACCUGGAAAUGUACGGAAUCAACUACUUUGAAAUCAAGAAUAAGAAAGGAACUGACCUCUGGCUGGGAGUUGAUGCCUUGGGGCUCAACAUCUAUGAAAAGGAUGAUAAACUGACUCCAAAGAUUGGGUUUCCCUGGAGUGAAAUCAGAAACAUCUCUUUCAAUGACAAGAAGUUUGUUAUAAAGCCUAUUGACAAGAAAGCACCAGACUUUGUGUUUUAUGCCCCUCGCCUGAGGAUUAACAAGAGGAUCCUGCAGCUCUGCAUGGGCAACCACGAACUGUACAUGCGGCGCCGGAAGCCUGACACCAUUGAGGUGCAGCAGAUGAAAGCCCAGGCCCGGGAGGAGAAGCACCAGAAACAACUGGAGAGGCAACAACUAGAAAAUGAGAAGAAGAAGAGGGAAACAAUUGAGAGGGAGAAGGAGCAAAUGUUGAGGGAGAAGGAGGAGUUGCUGGUGAGGCUACAAGAAUAUGAAGUGAAGACUCGGAAAGCAGAGAAAGAGCUCUCGGAUCAGAUCCAAAGAGCCAUUCAGCUGGAAGAGGAAAGGAAACGAGCCCAGGAGGAAGCAGAACGUUUGGAAGCUGAUCGUUUGGCUGCUUUGCAGGCCAAGGAGGAGCUGGAGAGACAAACUAAGGACCAGAUAAAGAGCCAGGAACAGCUGGCUACAGAGCUUGCAGAGUACACAGCCAAGAUUGCACUUCUUGAAGAGGCAAGGAAACGUAAGGAGAGCGAGGUCGAAGAGUGGCAGGUCAGAGCCAAGGAAGCCCAGGAGGAUCUGGUGAAGACCAAGGAGGAGCUACAGCUGGCUAUGACUGCUCCACCGCCGCCCCCGCCGCCUGUCUACGAGCCCGUGAACUACCAUGUCUAUGACAACCUGCAAGAGGAAGGAUCCGAGUACUCCGGCUACAGCGCUGAGUUCUCCAGCGAGGGCAUCCGCAACGACCGCAACGAGGAGAAGCGCAUCACCGAGGCAGAGAAGAAUGAGCGUGUGCAGAGGCAACUGAGGGCGCUGACAAAUGAGCUGGCCCAGGCUCGAGAUGAGAAUAAGAGGACCCAGAAUGACAUUAUCCACUCGGAGAACAUGCGACAGGGACGUGACAAGUACAAGACGUUGCGGCAGAUCCGGCAAGGCAACACCAAGCAGAGAAUAGAUGAGUUUGAGGCGAUGUAAUGAUGCAUAGAACAAGAAGGCAGGACUGUGGGAAAGGCAGAUCUUCUUAAUGCUGUGUUCUUGUUUUGGGGGUUUUUUUGUUGUUGUGUGUUUUGUGGUGUUUGUUUUUUCCUUGAGGAGGGGUCACUGUAUAUUCUCUAAACCCAGAGGUGUUUGAAUCUCCCUUUUAUUCCCCGCCUACUAUUAAAUUUGGUACAGGUAAAAACUCCUCAUACCACUGAUCCCAGUAACUUGCUGCUCAUGCCUUUGCUUAGUGCCAAAAGGCCUUAUGUCACAGCUCUCUUUAAACAAGACAUGUUAAUAGGCCGUGCUUCUGGUUGAAGAUACAGGUCCUGCGCAGGUGCUGGAUUCAUAUUGGUCAAAAAACUAAGCAACUGUGGGUGAAUUUUGUGCCAUAUGUCUUUGUAUUAUUAGUUCCAGUGUAAAAUUCAACAUGUGAGAAGACAGGUUGUAGAACUCUCAGGCUCUGCCAGCACCUGUAUGCGUGUUUGUACACCCUGGUUUCUCCCUUGGCGUUGAUGCCCACCUUCCUCUCACCACCACCCUCCCUUCCCCCCAAGAACUGACAACACCUCAGACCUACUUUGUGUAGAAAUCAGGCUGUUUCUGAUUGCUGUUCUCACUUGGAGACAGGCAGCAGGGGUGGCACAGAAGUGUGGCACAGGGACACUGAUACCCUCCUCAUUUAACAAUUAGGCAAGUACUCUGUUGGAGUGGAACACGCUGCUGUGUUUGCAUUCUGGCUUCCUUACCAAUCACUUAUAGUGUAGUAUUUAUAUAUAUAUAUAAAACCCCUUGCAAUAUGUGGAUUGCAAUACUAGUUUAAAGGGAAAUAGUUUUGCUCUGUAUAUUUUGUUACUUUCCAGAUUUAAUAAGACUUGCACCUGUAAAAAUGCCUAAACAACGCUGUCAUCAGAUCCAGUGCAGCUGAUUAUUUGCUAUAAAACAUUAUUUGUAAAGAUCACUUUUUUUACUUAGUGAGAACUGUUCAAUGUACACAUGAUCCAAUAGAUACAAUUUUCCUGCACCUAUUUUUCUAACACAUUUUCUAAUUUUUUUUAAAAAUGUUUGAUUUAAAGUUUCAGACUCCAAAGAUGAAGGGACUGCUUGUUUAUAUCACAGUUGUUUUCUCUCUAUUAGAGAUCAUUUCUGUGACCAUUCCUUCCCCACUAAUCUCCCCUUUUCCUUGAAAAUCUGUUAGAAAGUGAGAUACAGUGUGUUGUCAGCUCUUCUCUUCCAUUUAUAACAUCUAUGCUGCUUUAUACUUGAGUUGAAUCUUGUGUGGUUUUUUUUUAUUUGCAGCAGCAAACAUCUAAAUAAAAGAUCUGCAGAGUAACAAA